CUAAAUCAUUACCAAAACAACUGCAGUAGUAUCCACAUCAGUUAUUUUUAAACGCAAAACAGUUCCUUAAACAAAAGUUCAAAUUCCUCGAGAAAACGUAGCAUUGCAGGUGAUAGUAUUUACCUUGAACGUCAAUGUCAAUAGCAAUGACUUGCUCCAAGGCUGUCGGUGUUGAUCUCUCGAAAAUAAAUAGAAAAUGACAGUUGUACUGAACCAGAUAUAACAUAAAGGUGUUUUAAAGUGUCUUGUUUUAUGUUUGAUUAUAUAAAGUAUGAACAUUGGCAAAUUUGUGAUACCGAAUUACACUAUUGAAAGGCUAAAAUGUGAUCUCUGCCAUGGAUAUCUGUCGGUACCACCAAUUUAUUCUUACAGGGACAAAUACGCAUGCGGACGAUGCAAUCCUGAUUGGGAAAGAAACAUCAUAUACGAACAGCUAGCUCAAUACUUAGUGUUUCCAUGUAUGUUUUGUGAUAAGGCCUACCCAUGGGGGAUGAUGCAAUCACACGAAGAUAGGUGCAAACAAAAUAAACUGGCUUGUCCUUCAGAUAAAUCAAACGUGUAUAUGUUAACUAAUUUGGUUAAAUUAAAAUGUGUAGAAUAUCAUAAGGAAUGUGACGAGAAAUGGUUAAGAUGUCCGAUACCGCUUUGUCUAAAUACGUUUCAAAUGAAGGAAGUCUUGCACCACUUUAAUGAAUAUCAUAAAGACUAUAUUUUUACUAACACGGUAGAAGCCAGGAAGAUAUUUAAGGAAGAAAAGGUAUGGAAUUUUCACUGUGAAACACAAGUUUGUCUAAUAACUUGGAAUACCGUCCCUUUUUUACUUUUCGUCCACAACAGUUGUGAAUUCGAUGAUACAACGGGUAACAUUUUAUUUUACAAUUAUUAUUUCAGCGUAUUUACCUUCUGUCAGAAGAAAUGCGAUAUGAAGUACUCAGCAACGUUACAGAUACAGUCUGAUAAUGAAAUCACAACGAGAUCAAUGAAGAAUCAAGAGGUGAAAACAUUUAACGAUGCUAUUCACAAGGUCACUUUCUUACAGUCUGAGUUUCUUAGGUUAAACAGCUUCGAUUUUAUGACUACGAAGUUCUUGAAAAUACCAAGAACUGAAAAACUUAAUUUAACAUACUCUAUAAAAAUCGUAGAUAACAAUUUUCUAAUAGAACCCGAGCCGACUAAGGGGGACUCCGAUAUCCAACGUGCCGCAGGUAUUGGAAAACACUUCGAAUGUCCAAUAUGUCAGGAAUAUAUGUCUCCUCCUAUAUAUAAUUGUGCCACCGGCCAUACAAUUUGCAAGAAUUGCAAGGAUAAGCUCGUAUUUUGUCCGUAUUGUAAGGCUUUGGUCGGAAUCUCUAGGAACUAUGUGAUGGAGGAUAUGUUAGACACGCUUUUACUUCAUUGCCACAAUGAAUAUAAAGGAUGUACUUUUACGGGUAAAGUACAAGAGAUAAAAUUGCACGAGGUAAUGUGUCAUUACAAUUGAAUGCUAUUUUUAGUACUUACGUUUAUUCAAAUAUUUAAUUUACUGAUCAAUAAAUUAUUCUAAGUAUG